AUGCAACUCCGCUCCCGUAAGACUUACAGCUCUGCUUCUCCGUGUGGGUCUCUCGCUGCGUUAUCACCGCCGGUUUUAUUAGAGAGAAAAUCACAUACACGUAAAAAUGGAAAUUCUAAUUCGCAGAGCGAUCUUAAUUCAGAAAAUGACAAAAUUGCUCGUCAUUGUUCUUCCGUUCGCCGAGACCGCACUCGUGUGCGCCCUCGUCGUAAUGUAGUGGCUAGAAAAAAAUGUCGGCUUUCUACUACUGAAGAAGACCUUGAAGAAGCCACGAGACGACGAUUUCGAGUACUCCAAUCAGCUUUUGGGCCAGAAGAUCGCGUUGACGACUCCAGCUGGAUUACGGGUACGCUCAUCGACUUAGUGCUCUGGAAGUUUGCGAAUUUGUACAAAGCGGUACAUUUUCUGCCUACAGCCUUUUACCACUUGCAUUUGGAGGCGGCAUUGAAUGCAACAGGGUCUCCAUGGCAACGGAGAUAUCAGGGUCAGCGAACAAAGCGAGAUUAUGUCGUACGAGACGUACUGGGUUGCAUCGUGAAUUACAAUCGUCAGAAACCUUUGAUUUUUAUUGUCAACGUCGAUCAAAUUCACUGGAACUUGUUCCGCUUACAGUUGAACCCCAUACCAAAGCUACAGCUUUUUGAGCCGAUGGGAAGAUUAGCGUCAAGGUCUGGAAUUUCGUAUAGAUCAGUGCCCCGCGCCGUAAUUGAAUGGCUCGAUGUGUGUUACCCACAAGACAAAUGCUGGUUAGAGCGCACUGAGAGCGCUAUUACAAACAAGCAGCAGGUCAGUGGAUUUGACUGUGGUGUUGCGUGUUUGCUUUACGCAGACAAGUGUGGACGUGGACAGAGCAUCGAAGAGAUAAACGAUGAGAUUGACCAGCAAGCCAUCACGUCUUUUCGCAAGCAGCUGCAGCUUCAAUUAGGAGCGCAGGGUAACGACUCAGAUGGCUAA